AUGGCGGCGCCCAUGGAGGUGGCGCUGGUGUCGGACGCCGCGGGGCCGCUCUGCAACUGCUCGGUGUGGGAGCUGCACUCGGGCUCCGCGCUGCCCGGAUACCGCGGCGGCAACAGCGGCCCGCGGGGCCUGGCGCUGCUGGGCGGCGAGCACCUGCUGGGGGCACAGCUGGGCAAGAGCUACAUCAACGUCUGGGAGCUGCAGCGGAAGGACCAGCUCCAGCAGAAGAUCAUUUGCCCGGGGCCAGUGACCUGCCUGACGGCGUCGCCCAACGGGCUCUACAUUCUGGCCGGCGUUGCUGAGAGCAUCUACCUGUGGGAGGUCUCCAACGGGAACCUCCUAGCCAUCCUGAACCGGCACUACCAGGACCUCACGUGCCUCUGCUUCACCGAUGACAGCAGCCACUUUCUGUCAGGGGCGAAGGACUGCCUGGCUCUGGUGUGGAACCUGUACAGCGUGCUGCAGGCAGAGCCCUCCCAGAUCCCAGACCCUCGCCACGUGUGGUCCCGACACAGCCUCCCUAUCACAGACAUGUGCUGCGGCUUUGGAGGGCCCCUGGCACGAGCUGCCACAGCAUCCCUCGACCAGACAGCAAAGCUCUGGGAAGUCUCCUCUGGGGAGCUCCUGCUGUCCGUCCUGUUCGACGUGGGGAUCAUGGCCGUGACCCUGGACCUCUCCGAGUACCACAUGUUCUGUGGGGGCAUGGACGGCUCCAUCUUCCAGGUUGACCUCUGUGCCUGGCCAGUCCAGAGAGACCGGACCUUCCAGACGGAGCGGGAGAACGGGAAGAUCUUCAAAGGGCACAGGAACCAGGUGACGUGUCUGUCCGUCUCCACGGACGGCAGCCUGCUGCUUUCCGGCUCACACGACGAAACGGUGCGGCUGUGGGACAUCCAAAGCAAGCAGUGCCUGAAGACGAUGAACCACAAAGGUCCGGUUACAAACGCCUUCAUCGUGCUGGCCCCAGCCAACAUGUUCAACCCGGAUGGGAAACCCAGCGUGCCUCUUCCGAAGUUCAGCAAGCACCUCUACGGCACCGAAAGCACCGACGAGCAGGGAAGCGAGGGAGUGACGCUGCGCCUCGGGCUCCACCAGCAGGACUGUGGGGAGAGCUACCUGGAGAAGGGCGAGAAGAUGUACUCCCAGAUGUGCUCGACGAGGGAAAAGAACCUGGUGGGAGACCAGGAGCAUCUGACGAUCCAGGUGAGCGAGCUGGAAGAGGAGGUGAGCACCCUCCGGAAAAUCAACAAGAACCUCUUCGACUUCUCCGCUCGCAUCAUCACCAAACCAGCCAAAUGAAGAGGCGACCCCCGGCCCUCACACCCCUCUGCCUCUCCCUGGGGAAGAACCAGCCAGCCCGCGGGCACGUGCGCACGCAGACGCGCAAGCACGCGUGGCUCGCCGCCUUGCCAGCGCGCGAGCGUGGCGUAACGCGCGGGAGCGUUUUGCCUGCUCGGUCUGGCCUCCCUUUGACUACACGACUGAGAUGGGCACGGGGCUGCGGGGCUGCUGCGUGUGCUCGCAGGCCGGCUGCAAGCAGGACACCACAGGGACCUUUUCCACCCCGAGGCGCUGCUCGGUGCUGCGAGAAGCGGCGUGGGCUGGAGCCGGGCAGCCCACGGAGCGGCCGGCUGCCGGCAGAGCGUCCCGGCGGCAGGGCGGCCUUCGGAAAGCAGCUCCUGCCCUUCUCCCGUCUCUUCCCCUGGUCUUUUUGUUUCCUUUCGUUACUCGACCCUGCGGUGCAGACAGAAAAGCGUUUUCUCUCUGUUAAUACCGCUUUGAGAUUGGAUUUCUGAGACCCCUUCCGCCCAGCCUGCCCUGGGAGAUGCUGCUUGGUACCGCCACCCCCGGGCCCCUGCUGGGGGCUUGGGGCUUGGUUCUGCUCCCACGAAGCGGGGGCUGCGCAGCUCCUGCACCCCCAUGCACCUGCCCCGGCCCAUGGGCAGGGGUCCGGGGGCGUCCGCGGGCUUGGCUGUUCGUUGCGGGGCACGGGGCUGCCGCUGGGGAGGGGCGGGGUGAGCACGGUGCUAUUCCCGAUCUCGGUGAGGUGACAGUUUAUAUAUAUUUUGAUCCAGCUACUUUGUUUUCCACGGUGUUCUGGGGACUCGGCCUUUUGUAUUGUCACUGGCAUGGCGGCGGGGGUUCUGGGUUUUGUUUAGGUUUAUUUUUUACAUAAAAGAUUUGUUUUUUAUAGUGAA